AUGGAGUUAAUGGUCGGCGAGUUGGACAUAUUUCAGCCAUCGCUUAUUCAAACUAGUGUCAUCGGUGGUGACUGGCAAAAUUACCUACCAGUGCAAGCAAUAACAAAAGAUGGCCCUAUUCAGUUUUCUGUACCUGGACAAGGCUCAAGCUAUUUUGAUUUGAAUAAAACUCUGCUGUACGUCCGAUUUAAGGUUACAGACUCUCUCACUGGUGAAAAACUGGAUGCAGAUGCUGAAUUUUCCCUGAAAAAUAAUGUUCUCAACACCUUGUUUGCUGAUGUCAAGCUGGAGUUCAACCAGACCACGGUUUCACAUUCUAAUCACAUGAAUCACUAUAGAAGCUACCUUGAACUUUCGUACAAUUUCAACGCUACAGCAAAGAAAACUCAUCUUACCAGUGCUUUGUACUAUCAAGACACUGCAGGUGCCUUUAAUGAUUUAACUUCCGUACCCAACAAGAAGCGAAAAUCUUUUGUGGUGGACGGUAAAGAGGUGGAGGUUCUAGGAAAAUUGCACUGUGACAUGCUUGCUGCAGGAAAAUAUUUAUUAAAUAACGUAGAUUUGAGAGUAACUCUGACUAGAAAUCCAGCAAGCAUGGUGCUUCUCACAGGCAAAGAUUCAAAAAUCGUUCCUCAAAUUGAUAUUCAAGAGGCAGCUCUGUAUGUCAGAAAAGUGAAAAUCAAUCCUGGAAUCCUGGUUGCACACGCCCAGACUUUGGAAUCUGCGGUGGCACGUUACAAUUACAAACGUGUGGAGAUGUUGAAUUUUACAAUUUCUUCUGGAUUGCAACAGAAAUGUGUGGACAAUUUGUUUUUGAACAGAAUCCCCUCAAGACUAAUUUUUGGACUGGUGAAAAAUAGCGCAUUCUCUGGCAGUUACACAGAGAGCCCGUUCAACUUUGAACACUUUGACAUGAAUUAUAUUGCACUGAGUGUCAAUGGGCAAACGGUUGGGGCUGCACCUUACAAACCAAAUUUUGAAUCAGGCAGAUCCAUACGGCCAUAUCUGUUUUCAUUUUACGGAGUUGGCAUUCAUAUGACUGACGAUGGCUUUGAGGUGGACCGGGAAGAUUUUGACAAAGGUUACGCCCUUUACUGUUAUGAUUUGACUGGAGACUUGAGCAGUUGCGAAUCACACCUCUCUAUUGAAAAUCAGGGCAGCUGUCGUAUCGAGCUAGGUUUUGCUAAGCCCCUCCCAUGCGUGGUCAAUCUCAUUAUUUAUGCAGAGUUCCCUGACUGCAUUGAAAGUUUCCAAAAUUUGAAGAGGAAACUGAUUCCAAAAGAGGUUGUGGUCAUAACUCCAAAGACGGUCUCAAAAUACUAUGUGAAACCUUCCAAACCCUUGAGUGACCUUCAUCGCAAAGAAAGAAUUCUUAUUGGCUGGGCGACUAGAAACUAUCACAAUCUUGAUUGGUAUGCUGGUGAUGUGGAUAUUUCUGAUCUCCACUAUCUACUGUACUGCAAAACGUUGUCUUAUGAAAAAAUAUACACCAUGGGCCACGAGAAAGCACUUUACUUUACCGAGAUAAUUGGCAAACCUGUGGAAGACUUGACACGUCUUGGAUGUCCUAACAUGCGUCGAAAUCUAGGACCUGCUUGUAGUCUCCACUCCAAGACGACUGCCCAUUGUGCCGAAACAGAUGCCCAGUUUCUGGCCAAAUGGAUAGCAGAGAACUUAAAUGAGUAA